AUGGGAGAUGAAGGCUGGCAGAUUAGAGAAAGAAGAUUUACAAAAAUUAAAACAGAUUAAGAGAAAUGCAGUAAAAUGCACUCAUGAAAAUGUCAAGGAAAAAGUUUAUGAAAGUUUUACCUCAACGGAAAAUUUUCUUGAAUUUAUUAAUAAUUGGGAGAAUAUUUCAGAUUGUGAUGAUUUAUUAAUUUUUUUAUUGAGGAUUUUGUCUACAUUAGAAAAUCAGAAUAUAUUUAUUGCAAAUAGCCAACUUUAUGAAGCUUUGUUCAAAAGAUCUUUCAACUCAAUAAAAUUCCACAUUGAUCCUAAAAUUUGUGAAAUUUCUUUUUUAAUUGUUUCAAAAAUUUGUAACACCACAGUUAGAAUUAUACAAGCAAUACAGUUUAAUUUUGACAUUUUUUUGUUUAGAUAUAUUUAUACUCAGAAUCCAUCACAAUUCAAUGGAGAAACUCAAGCUUUGCACUUUCUCUCCAUCUCCUUUUCUGUUUUACUUAAAACUAAUUUAUUUGAUCCUUUAUUAAUUAAUUGGUGGCGUUUUCGAUUUUUUCUUCAAAAUUCAAUAAAUUGUCUAAUGGAUAUUGCUUUUGGACAAAAUUCUCCAUUUUAUUUAUCGAAUGAACAGAAAACCCAAAAUAAUUCUGAUUCGGUUAAAGAUUGUGUUAUUCAAAUUUUAUCUGCGUCAAAGGGUUAUUCACAUUCAACUACUUUAAUUGAAAGAUGCAAAAAUUCUCUUUUCAAUUUAUUAAUUACUUGGCCUGGUUUAUUUACUUUUUUCUCAAAUAAUUCCUCUAAUCGGCAGUUUGGUUUAUUUGCUAAUAUUGGUUGCCAAAUUGAAAAUUUGAACUCUGAUAAAAUAAAAAGUUGCACAAUAGAGCUAUUCUCUGAUUUGCUAAAUGUUCCCUAUGCAAGACAUGAAUUUCCUGAUAAUCAUUGGGAAAAGGCUUUCUGUUUUUAUAAACAAAUUCGACUUCCUGAUUUGUUCAGUAUUUCUCUUCGGGAUGAUUUUUUGCUUGCAGAAAUUUCUUAUUUGGAUAAUCAGAAAGACGAUUCCUUUAUAGAUUUAUUAGAAAUAUACAGAUCUGUUGUUCUUUUUAAAAUUGUUUCUGAAAAAUUUCCUGAGGCUCUUAUUCGUUUAAUUCUCCAAAAUCCAGACUGCUCUAUUUCAAUCAAAGCAACAUUUUUACUUGCAGAUAUACUUUAUAUGUCUAAAAUACUUCCAAAAUCUGUUAGAAUUGAAGCAAUAAACAAUAAUAAUUUAAUUAAUUCUGUUGUUGAAUCAUUUAAUUUAAAUGAAAAUAUUUCUAAUAAAGACGAAAAAAAGAGGAAUUCUUUUCUUUUAAUUGAUCGUCUUAAUGAAGUCAAUAAUUUUUUAAAUAAACCACCAACAAAAUUAGAAUUUUUAACUUUAAUUAAUACAUUUUUAAUUGUAAAUUUAGAAGAAUUUAGAAGAAGUCGAUCUGUUUCAAUAUUAAAUAAUAGUAGACAUUCAUCAACUACAGCCAAUUUUGAUGAUUGUAAUAAUAAUGUUAGUGGGGUUAUUGAAACUUUUUCUGAAGAACCUCCAUCAGAUUAUUUUGAUUUAAAUAUUGAUAAAUUAAUUUCAAAUGUAUUUAUUUCUCAACCGACUAAAAAAACAAAAAUUUAUAAAAACAUUAAUGUUCCAGAAAUUGGCCAACAAAAAUUAAAGAAAAAUGAUUUAUUAGAGGAUUCAAAUGAAUAUUUAAUUGAAAAUAUUGAUUGGAAUAUUUUUUGGAGAAUUUUAUCUUUUAUUGAUGAUAAAAUAAUCUCUAUUCAAAACAAGUCAACAUUUAUUAAAUUAACAAUUGACAAAUGUAUUCCAAUUUUUAAUCAAGUAUUUUUAAUAUAUUUUUUAGCUAAAUUUUUAUUUAAAAAGAUUUUGUAUUUAUUUUUACCUUCAAAUCAAUUUUUUAUACAAACCAAACCAUCAAUUCAAUUAAUUAAAUGUGGCCAAUAUUUUAUUCAGUUACUUUGUGCAUUCAAUUCGUCAACAUUUGUUGGAAAUGAUACUAGCCAAUGGGCAUUAACUAUGGACAAAUCUGAAGCUGUUUUUAGUUCAAAGAAUUUAUCGUUUGGAGGCUCAUCGGUUUAUUUUGCCUUACUUCGUGCACUUUUAUCUCAGCCUUUUGGACAGAAAUUAUUUGACCAAACGGGACUUGGGAAAAUGUGA